AUGCUCACGCUCGAGCCUUGCUCGCUGUGCGAUGUCUGCGCGGACGAUUUCGGUCCUCGUAAUCUGCCCCAUUCCAUCCCCUGUGGCCAUGUAUUCUGCUUGAAGUGUUGCAACACUAUCAUCGAAAAAGCCACACCGCGCACGCCAUCCGCCGUCUGUCCUUUCUGCCGCGAAACGUUUACGCGGGAAACCAUCCGUUUAAUCCGUAUCGACUUUGGCGGCAGCCCAAGUACCAGCGGAUGGUCCACUCCCCGACGAAGUCCACGCAGCCCGCGUGCACCACUCAUCGAGGACGAUUUUCCCAAUGACCUCCUUCUGAAAGCCUCCUUGCCCACCUUACCUGACGACGUUGAGGCCAGAGCUCGAGCUGAAGCCCGACGGCUUGAGAACAAGGUCGCUCGUCUCGCCGCAAAAAAGUGCUCUGUCGACGAAGUCCAAUCCCUUCACAAGGAGGUUGAGGCCUGGCUU